AUGGAACUGGUGUCAACAUCAGUUGGCAAGUUUACAGUUGAUCUUUUCAACAAGCUGAAUGAGACCAACAAGGGCAAGAACAUUUUCUUUUCCCCUUGGAGUAUAUCAUCCGCUCUGUCUCUGAUGUACCUGGGUGCAAAAGGCAAUACAGCAACCGAGAUGGCAGAGGUUCUUCAUUUUGCUCAAGCAGCAGGAGCUGAAGGCUCUUCUUCUGUGGGCAGACCUUCUCGGGGGAGACCUAAGAGAAGAAAAAUGAAUCCUGAGCAUAAGCAAGCUGAAGAUAUUCAUUCUGGCUUCAAAGAGCUCCUGACUGCCAUCAACAAACCUAGAAACAUCUACUUGCUGAAAAGUGCCAAUCGCAUCUAUGUGGAAAAAACCUUCCCACUAUUGCCAAGAUACUUACAGCUCAGUAAGAACUACUACAAAACAGAGCCACAAAAGGCUAACUUUAAGACAGCACCGGAACAAUCCAGAAAGGAAAUAAACACUUGGGUUGAAAAACAAACUGAGGGCAAAAUCAAGAAUUUGCUGGGUUCACGAGAUGUGUUAAACUCCACCAAGCUGGUCCUGGUAAACGCUAUUUACUUCAAGGCAGAAUGGGAAGUGAAAUUUCAGGCAGGAAAAACAGAUCUGCAACCCUUCCGACUGAGCAAGAACAAGACCAAGCCUGUGAAGAUGAUGCACAUGAGAGAUACAUUUCCAGUUCUCAUCGUGGAAACAAUGAAUUUCAAAAUUAUUGAGUUGCCAUAUGUGAAACGUGAACUCAGUAUGUUCAUCCUCCUUCCUGAUGACAUCAAAGACGGCACUACAGGUCUCGAACAGCUGGAAAGAGAACUAACAUAUGAGAAGCUGUCCGAAUGGACUGAUUCCAAGAAGAUGACUGAAACUCUUGUGGAUCUGUACCUACCUAAGUUUACAAUGGAGGAGAGAUAUGACCUCAGUGAUAAUCUGAGCGCCAUGGGAAUGCACAGUGCCUUCAGCAGCAAUGCUGAUUUCAGUGCAAUGGCUGAGAAGGGUGAUGUGCUGAUCUCCAAAGUUUUUCACAAAUCUUUUGUUGCAGUUGAUGAGAAAGGCACUGAGGCAGCUGCUGCUACUGCUGUAAUUGUAGAACUAAGUGCACCUUUUGGCCAUGUUCUGAAAUUUAAGGCUGACCAUCCUUUCCACUUCUUCAUCAGACACAACAAAUCCAAGAGCAUCCUCUUUUUUGGCAGAUUCUGCUCUCCCCUAGAAUGA